CUCGCGCACUUGAAGCCGGACUCGGCGAGAGGCGCGUGCGGGGUGGGAAGCUGCCAGAAGCAGUGUAGCACACUGCUCCAGUGCGAGGCACGCGCUGUUCAAGUGGAGGCGAACAGCUGUGGAAUAAACUGCGGCGACGCACACAGUGGCUUUAUUUCCGUGUGACGACGUAAGACGCCGAGUGAAAGGGGGCUCGCACAGGAGAAAGCAACGAAGACAGACGAUAACAAACCAGGGAGUGGUCCGAAUCCAGUUCGACCAGGUCUGAAACGAAGGAUGUACUACACUCGUCGGUCCGUUAGUUAGAGACUCGAGAGGACCCCUCUGGAUACAAGCUCUUCUGCCAUCCCGCAUUCCCACCAGGUUUGCAGGCGAGCGGGGCUCGCGGACGGAGCGUGCAGCACGAGGCUGGAGCAGUACGAAUGAUCAACAGCAUUGCAUUCCUCCGCAUAUAGAGCACAGCUUUAAUGAAGAAGCAGACCCUCCAACAGUCUUGUUGAAGGGGACGCGACACCCUCCAGGACAAGGAUGGAGUCACCAUGGAAACCACUUCUUCUCCUGUCAGUCAUUGGUGGCCUCUCAGAAUUCUCCGGAACGCUGGGGCGGAUCCCGGCGGCGUACGGGGCGGAGCCGGGGACGCCGGCGGACAGCUCGCCUUCCUCGCCCCCCACCUCCGGGGCCCGGGCGCGGCACCAUCGCGGCGCGGGGCCCCCGGAGCCCCUCUCCCCCCCUCACCUGUCCCCCCUCGGCCUGUGGGGGUCCCAGGAGGACCCGGGGAGCAAAGAAAAUGCGAGGUUUGGACCCGUGUUUGUUCAGGAGCCUGGCGAUACCAUAUUUCCGCUGGAGUCUGAAGAGAAGAAAGUUACGAUGAUCUGUGAAGCGAGAGGAAACCCUUCGCCCACGUACAGAUGGAUGUUCAACGGGACGGAGCUGGACGUGGGAAGCGACUUUCGCUACACGCAGAUCGAGGGCAGCCUGGUCAUCGCGGAGCCCAGCGAGGGCCGGGAUUUGGGGCAGUACCAGUGCAAGGCCACCAACCUUUUCGGCAGCGUCCUGAGCCGGGACGCCCUCCUUCAGUUCGCAUAUCUGGGGAACUUCAGCAGCAGAGCGCGAGGGGGCGUGUCCGUACGCGAGGGACAGGGCGUCGUUCUCAUGUGCUCCCCUCCGGCCCAUUCCCCAGAGAUCACGUACGGGUGGGUGUUCAACGAGUUCCCGUCGUUCGUGGUGGAGGACAGCAGACGCUUCGUCUCCCAGGAAACGGGGAACCUGUACAUCUCCAAGGUGCAGCCCUCGGACGUGGGGAGCUACAUCUGUCUGGUGAAGAACCCGGUGACCAACACCCGGGUGCUCAGCCCGCCCACUCCGCUCACGCUCAAAACAGACGGUGUAAUGGGGGAAUACGAGCCGAAGAUCGAGGUGCACUUCCCUCCGACGGUAAUGGCGGCCAAGGGGGUGACUGUGAGGCUGGAGUGCUUCGCCCUGGGAAACCCCGUGCCCACCAUCACCUGGAGGAAGCUCAACGGGAACAUCCCCAAAAAGGCCCGGCUGCGCAAGUCCCAGGCGGUGCUGGAGAUCCCCAACGUGCAGCUGGAGGACUCGGGCAGCUACGAGUGCAAGGCCGAGAACCCCCGGGGGGGGAACGCCUUCAGGGGCCAGCUGCAGGUCUACACCUUUCCUCAGUGGAUCAGCGUGAUCAACGACACGCAGCUGGACAGCGAGGAGCAGCUGCAGUGGGAGUGCAAGGCCACGGGGAAGCCCAGGCCCACCUACCGCUGGCUGCGCGAUGGCGCCCCCUUGUCCCCGGAGGCACGAAUGGAAUUUGUGAACGGCCUGAUGUCCGUCAGGCGCGUGGGCAUUGCGGACUCUGGGAUGUACCAGUGCAUAGCUGAGAACAAGUACGGAGCCAUCUACUCUAACGCUGAGCUCAAAGUCCUAGCGUCCGCGCCCGCCUUCCCCCCCAGUCCCGUCCGCGUCAUCGCCACCGUGGGGAAGGAGGUGUCCCUGGAGUGCAGGCCCAGCGCCUCCCCGAAGCCCACGGUCACAUGGAAGAGAGGGGACCGGAGGAUACUGCCCAGUAAGAGGAUCCUGCUGUUGAACAACACCCUUCGGAUCCUGAACUCCAGCCGCGGGGACGAGGGGAACUACGUGUGCCAAGCGAUUAACAUGUUCGGCUUCGCCGAGAUGACCACCACGCUGUGGGUGAAAGAGCCAAUGAGUGUUGAGCUGAGCCCGGCGCGGGUGGAGGUGACGGUCGGGGAGAGCGUGGUGCUCAGCUGCAAGGCCAGACACGACCCCUCCCUGGACGUGCGCUUCCUGUGGCUCCUCAACCAGCAGCCUCUCAGCUUCAACCAGGAAGGCGGCCAUUUUGAGUACAUCCAAACACAGUCCUCCACGGCCGACCUGAUGAUCAGGAACAUCCUCCUGAUGCAUGCUGGGAAGUACGGCUGCCGGGCCCAGACCAGCGCUGACAGUGUGUACGUGGAGGCGGAGCUGCUGGUUCGAGGUCCCCCGGGUCCCCCGGGGGUGGUGAUUGUGGAGGAGAUCACGGACACCACGGCGACGCUGUCCUGGAGCCGGGGGGUGGACAACCACAGCCCCAUCGGCUCCUACAACCUGCAGGCCCGGAGCCCCUUCUCCUUGGGCUGGCAGACAGUCAGGACAGACCCGAGUCAUGUGACGGGGGACAUGGAGUCGGCCGUGGCGGUGGAGCUGAACCCCUGGGUGGAGUACGAGUUUCGGGUGGUGGCCACCAACGCCAUCGGGACGGGGGACCCCAGCGCCCCCUCCAGGGCGGUCCGGACCAAGGAAGCGGUCCCUUCGGUGGCCCCGGCCAACGUGAGCGGAGGAAAUGGCCGUCGGCACGAGCUGGUGAUAUCCUGGGAGCCAGUGUCCGAAGAGUUCCAGAACGGGGAGGGGUUCGGCUACAUCGUGGCGUUCCGGGCCAACGGGACGCGCGGCUGGAAGGAGAAGAUGGUGACGUCGGCGGACUCCACCACCUUCAAGUACCGGGACGAGACCUUCCCGCCCCUCACCCCCUUCGAGGUCAAAGUCGGGGGGUACAACAACAAGGGCGACGGCCCGUUCAGCAGAGUGGUCACCGUCUACUCCGCGGAAGGAGAGCCCCGCGAGGCCCCCUCCGGGGUCUCCGCUGCCAGCCUGUCUGCCAACGAGAUCCAGGUGCGAUGGAGGUCCUCUAAUCCAGGGCCUGGAAGACCCUGGGGAUACGAGGUGAGCUAUUGGAAGGACGCGGAGCGGGAGGACUCUGGCCAGAAGGUGAGGACGCCCGGAAACGAGACGUCCGUCCUGCUAACCGGCCUGGAGGGAAACAGCCUCUACCUCAUCAGCGUCAAAGGCUACAACAGCAUCGGCCACGGUCCCCCCAGCAACGCCGUCCAGGCCCGCACCAAAAAGUCCCCCCCCAGCCAGCCCCCAUCCAAUCUGAUGUGGAUUCAGGAGGGGAACAACGUCUCUCUGUCCUGGGAGCCAGUGAGGUCCAUGGACAACGAGUCUGAUGUGAUUGGCUACAAGGUGUCCUUACGUCAGGAGGGGCGGAGUCACAGUCAGGUGAUCAGGACCCAGAAUCCCUCGGCCGUGCUCUCCCUGCCCGAGGGGGGUACCUACAUCAUCGAGGUGCAGACGCUGAGCGACGGAGGGGAGGGGGCUACCAGCGCCCCUGUCAGAGUCCUCACCUCCUCAGGAGUCCGGGCGAAGAGCGGUCAGCAGUCUGUGAUCAUCCAAUCCUGGGGCUCGAUAUGGACUCCGCUGCUCCUGGCUCCGCUGGUGCCUUUAGCUCCCUGGUGAUGUCAGAGUUCUGACCCCGCCCCCUGGGCGGGACCAUGACGUCCUUCUCUCAGACUGCCACUUCCUGUACCGGGCCUUCCCCAUCCAACAAGGCCUGAGGCCAGCCACACAAAGGGGGAGGGGCAUCUUUUUUCAACCCAGACAACGUAUUCAAAAUAUGCAUUAUUUCAUUAUUUUAUGUUUUAAUGUUUAUGUUUUUUUUCAAGGUCUUUCCAAUAUCAUUGUAGCAUUGUAUUUGGUGAGGAGAGAGGCCGUUUGGUCUUUCCAAGCGACAGUGUUAAGGAGGCAGUCGCUCGCUGGACUGGGGCCAGCUAGUUUCCGGAAGGUUCUGGAGCCCGGAGUGUGGGGCUCUGCUAGUCAGUUACCCCCCCCAAACCCCCACCCCACCCCCCAUGGCUGGCUGUCUGACUGAGCAGCGAGAGCUCAUUAGAAAUAAGUGCAUUGUUUUCUUAUUCGCUCACACACGCACACACACAUACACACAGACAGGCUGCAAAAACACACACACGCAUACACACACACGCAUGCACACACACACACCUGCACUUGCACACACACACACACACA